UCCAGGGUUCGAUCUCUUUCCCCUCGCCCUUCCUCGCCCCGACAGCCCCGCUAGGAUUCUCCCCGCACCCGAUCGCCUCUCCCCAUCUCGACUAGAACAUAGCCGGGCCGCUGACCUGGGACGGGGAGGGGCAGUACCACCGGGGAGGGGGAGCACCACCGGCCACCGUAGCGACCUGCCCGCAGGGAUCUGGCGUCGGCGUAAGUUGUCAUCUCGCCCUCGCGGUUCUUGCAUCGCGCAGCCAGGGGCCACCCCCUGGCGGUCCUGCCCUGCUCCCUCCACCCCAAGCAAUCGGCGACGACUGCCCGCGCGGCCGUGCCGUUGUGUUGCCGGCCGACUAUCCUGCGUCUCCUCUCCCCAAUGCUCCAGCACUCCUUCGCUGACCACCCUGCCUGCCGGGUUGCCGGACAGAAUUUUAUUGAGGCCAGCCACAUCACACACAGCACGCAGGUAUUGUAUAUUCUCCGAGAAUGGCUAGCGAGGAAGGGGUAUACCGUGCAGACUAGUAGUCCAAGGACAGAUUUUCUACAGAGCUGGUGAGCCAGGACAUAUACUAGAGAGAAGUGUACGGGCAGGGCUAUAUUUCAUAAAGGUUGUGAACCGGCCAGGGUGCAAGUGGUACACAAAUGUAUAGAGGCAUGAAGAUACCAGCAGUGGCUGCCCUUGCUUUUGUUGUUCUCACUGGAGUCUCACUAGCAAGUCCUGGUUACUGGGCACAUGAUUGUGAUGGGAACUACACAGUGCCCAGAAGCUACCAGAAGAGCUUGGAGCAGCUGUCUGCAGGGCUGCCCGAUGCGGUGUCCUCCUCCCCAGAUCUAUUUGACAAAAAGGUUCUCGGAUCCUGGGGGGGCAGGGUAUAUGGCCUGGGGCGUUGUCGUCCUGGUACAGAUGCAUCUACAUGCAAGGCAUGUCUCAAUGAAGCCUUCCAGGAUGCACGGGUCGUAUGCCCAUCGAGGAAGAGGGUGUACAUGUUCUACGAACUUUGUACCCUAGCUUUCAGCGACCAGGACAUUCUAUCUCACUCGACCUGGAACAAAGGUGUCAGUAAGGUCAAUGGUUCUCAGGUGCCUGCCCAGUGCAGCAAUGUAUUCAACAAGGCUGUCAAUGGAUUGAUCAUAUAUUUGGCGAAGAUGGCAGCUGAUUCCCCUCACAGGUUUGCCACGGGGCAAAAAAAGUUAACUGGAGAUGCUUGCACAUACAGCCUAUAUGGCCUUGCAGAGUGUUUGCCAAACAUGUCAGCUGCCAACUGUACUGACUGUUUAGAGAACUUGGCGGAUGUACCUCUUCUUCUUGGGUAUGAGAGCGAGUGGAGAUCUGCAGUGAUGUGCAGCUACAGGUUGGAGCCACGCCCCUUCUUUGACAUUGGCAAGGGCGGGUUAGCCACCCCCGCAGGAAAAAACGGGAAGAAGCAGGUUUGAAUUGUGGUGGGUUGUGUUGCGGGCUCAUUGAUAAUAUUAUUGGUCCUACUUCUACUUUGGUGGAGAUUGCCGGCUAAACGCCCUUCUGCAAUCAAGUUCUUUGAUGAUAUCACAGCCAACGUCCAAGGAAAGACAAUUGUGAUGUUUUUGGACUACGAUGGUACUUUAACGCCAAUUGUGAAAAAGCCUGAAAGGGCCUUUAUGUCCGAGCAGACGCGUAAUGCUGUUAGAGAACUUGCGAUGACUUUCUCGACUUCAAUCGUCACCGGAAGGAGCUGUGACAAGGCAAAAGGGUUCAUACAGCUCGACGAACUGCACUAUGUAGGGAGCCAUGGGCAGGACAUCCAACUGAAUGACGGAACAGAUCCCUUCCAACCUAACAGCGAGUAUUUACCGGUAAUAGCUGAGGCCACAGAGCGUCUGAAAGAGGCUGUCAGAGAGAUCAAAGGUGCCAGUGUGGAAAACAAUAAGUUCUGCGUUUCUGUGCACUACCGGGAAGUUCGCAGGGAAAAGGAUAAGGACUUACUUAAGAACAUCGUGAUGAGAACUGUAACAGAAGAAUUUCCUGAUCUCAAGGUGACCAACGGUAAAAAGGUUCGAGAGGUUCGUCCAGGGGCGAAAUUCGACAAGGGAGACGCUGUCAAGUAUCUCCUCCAGCAGCUCACCAACAAACAUAGCUGGGACAGCUCUCGGAUCUUACCAAUCUAUAUUGGUGAUGAUAAGACCGAUGAAGACGCUUUUAAGGUGCUUUCUGAGGAGGGUGGAUUUGGGAUCCGCGUCUGCAAGUGGCGCAAGAGGACUGCAGCUGAGUACUCUCUAAAGAACCCCAGUGAGGUGAAAGAGUUCCUAGAGAAGCUGGUGCGCUGGAGGAGAGAACAGGACCAAGUUUGAAUUCCUUGGAAGUUGCAACAGCCCAUUUGGAGCGGCGCAAAUAAGUGAACGCCCAAUUUUAGCGAAAGCGAACAUAGGAUGAAAGAAAUAAAACCAAAACAUUGCUGAAGCUGGUGAUGGAGAAGUUGACUAUAUAUUUUCUGUAGUA